UGCGAGAGAAAGAGAGACAGCUUGCAUGGGUGUGAGUGUGUGAGGUUGGGAGGGGGUGCACACGUAUGCUCAUGUGUGUGUCCCUGUAUAUGUGUGCACACACACGCAAUGUACUGGGCACCUGUCCUCUGUGGUAUUUGGGGCGUAGUCCUCUUUAAUGGAGCUGCCCAGGUGCCUCCCAGCGGUGACCCUGCUUGUGCCUUGCUUUCUCAGGAGGGAACACGUCUGCUUCUGCUGAAUCCAUGGUCAGUGCUGUUUGGAUUAACAAGGAGAGGAGGCACUCACUAUCCCAGGACAAGGUGGACCCUGAGGCAGCGGGGAUGCUGGAGGAGGCGGACAGUGGCUAUCUGCAGGUCCCCAGGUCUCCAUGGCACACGCACCUACAGAUGUACUGCUCAGUCCAAACCUUCCACCAGGACGCCGGCCAGCAAGUCAAACACCCAGGCAUGUUCCCGGUCUCUGAGCAAGGGCUUCCCCAGGAGAGAGACUCGGGCUUGUUGGAGAGCAAGCAGGUGACUCAGCAAGAGACCACGACCCCAGAGGCAGCCCAGCAUGAGUAUCAGGUAGACCAUCCCCAAACACAGACAGUGGGGUCCGGCUUCCACAACGGCCUUCAGGGUCCUUCCUCCAUCAAGAACCCACAACGGCCUGGAAAACCAGUGCACUACCCAUUUCCCCAGAGGAAAGCGCCCAGGAUCUCCCAAGCUGCCCGGAACCUGGGCUUAUAUGGAGCCCCCUGAGGCUUUCUCCUCAGCCAGAUGGCCCAGCCUUGAGGCCAGCUCUGGUCUCAUCACAGAACCCGGAGGCAGAGCCACCAGGGGGACCCCUCGCUAUGAGCAGAACUGGGCUACCUCACUGGUAGGGAUUGUGGGAAAUGAACUUCACAGUGGGCACAGUGGGAAAUGGACUUCACAGUCCUUUAGAAAAGAAGAGCUUGCCCAGAGCAGAUGGCUCACAGUUCAGGAUGAAAGAGCGCUGUCUGACCCACGCAGCCCAUUCUGCUCACACAGGAAGACAUUGCUACAUUGCUGGGGAGCUCUGGAGGCCUGUUCCUUAGGGAGGUCCAGUAGGACACCUGCUCAGUCCCUAGAACCAGGGAACCAGUUUGAAACAUAAAAAACAGGGACCCUGGCCAAUGGGAUGCCCUAGCAGUGCCCCGGAGUCAAUGAACGUGGACAAUCUGGUUUCCAAUAUCUUCUGGUGAUUUCUCACAUGUUCUGGAGAAGAUGGGCUCUGAGAAUUGGCUUUUUCUGGUUGCUCUGCCUGGAGGCCAGCUCACUUACAAGUCACUACGUUCACUGUCACCAUUUCAGCUUGAGCUUCCCACAGUAUGGUCACCCUGGGGAAAGAGGGGCAGAACAAUGCCACCUGCCACUUUGUGUUUGAGGGGUCUUGGGAAGGUUUGGUCACCUCUCACCGAGACUGCACAUUCCAGUGUCAUCCCAGAUUUACUUCCUCCUGUCCUUCCCUUCCUCACUCCCUUUUCCCUCCCUUCCUUCCUUCCUUCCUUCC